UUUGUUUACUAUUCUAAUUCUAAUAUGGUUGUUGUUUAUUUAUUCAUCAAAUGGGCUGAAAACCUGGAAAAUUGUUUUUGGAAUGUAAAUCGUAUAUUAUGAUUUGCAGUAAACUGUUACCAAGAAAUAUCACAGAUCGGAAUUAAGGAGAAUUUAAAUACGAAAGAGCACUUGCCAGCUUAGAAUUUGAAGAUUGGAACGAUGGUCGCCCUCACUCCAGAGACGUCGCCGGACAAGAGAGAGCUGACUGGACCGAACCACGUCCAGAAAUACAAGAGUUCCUGUCGUUACAGCAGCGGCGACGGGAGCGGGGGGGGCGGUGGAGAGCAUCCUGGCGGGGAUCGGCCUGGACGAGGCGUGCGUGGAGCUGUUCGCGGAGCAGGGCAUCGACGGGGACACGUUCCGGAUCCUGGAGGAGGACGACCUGGUGGAGAUGGGCGUGCGGGACGCCGCCGUGCGGGCCAGGAUAUUGGAGGCGGUGCGCAACUGCCAGCUGAGGAGGGCGGCCCAGAGCCCGUCCCGCCGGCAGUUCAGCGUGGUGGACGGCACCAGGAUCCUGGUGGGCUGCGCCAACCAGCUGGACACGCUGUGCAACCUGCUCAAGUACGCCCGGCGCCGGCUGGCGCAGCGGCCUGCGGCCGACCAGUACCUGCACGGCCGGUACACGGCCAGCGAGGGCGCGCGCGACGUGGCCCUGGCGCUGCUGGUGCGCGCGCGGCGCCUGCACGGCGACCUGCACCGGCUCCAGGGGCUCACCGCGCAGGCAGGGGAGAAGCCCAGGCCUGCCGCGCGUCUCCCGGGGCCGCACGACCGCGGGGCAUCCCGGCUGCUGACCGCAGCGCUGGUCGUCUUCCCCGUCAUGGUCUCUCUGGCCGUGUGGAAGAUGAGGGCCUCUCCAUUCAGGACCUGAAACCUCAUCUCCGUCGCCGAACUAUUCCUUCAAGAAAAAAGACUUUUUUUCCUUGUGUUCGUUCAUUUUUAUAUAAUUUUGUACUGUCAUUUUUGUGAAAACAAAAUGUACAAGAAUAAUCAGUUAAUUUUUAGACUGAAUAUACGUAACAAAUUCUGCAAGUUGAAGAACUGACUGAAAUAAAGUGUUAUUGAAUUAAUUAAGAGAAGGAAAUAACCUUUAAGAAUCCCUUCAGUUUUGUAUGUUAAUCCUUUAUUGUGAAAACGUAUGAGUCAAACCAAAAUAUAUGAGAUGGCAUAAAAGAAGAAGAGCAAUUUUUUUU